CCAAAGUAGGAGCGAAGGAGGGGUGAGGGGAGCCCUCAUGAGAGAGGAAGUCUCUGUGUAACUCGCAGGAGGGAAGAGCGACUCUGGGGAAGUGGCGGAGAAGCAACUUAAGGAGCCGCAGGAGGAGGGAAGGCAGCUGGCGAAUUUCCUGUGAGCGAUCAGAACGUGGAGCAGGAGGGAGCCGGAUUUGCUGGGGCAGCUGCCGUGCUGGGGUUGUAGGCGGGCAGGGAGGGUGUUUUCACUUCCCCCUCCCGCCUGCAAUUGGGAUCUCCGUGUGUGCAAUGAGAGUGAACACCCUCCCCCACCCUCUUAGCCCUCCCCUCCCUUCCGUGGCUGCUGUAGUGCUGGCCCAGCCCACGUUUUCUCUUUCUCCCUUCCUCCCUCCCUGGUCAUGUGUCGCCUUUUUUUGUUUGCUUGCAGUGGAAACAAUUUAUCGCUCUUCUGCUAGCACCGACCCAAAUCGCUGCCCAUCAGGAGUAAAGGGGAGGGGGAGAGCGAAGGCUGAAAGUGGGGGGGCGGGAAGGUAAAACUGCAGGAGGGUCCCAUGCUACUGUAUUUCCUCUUGUGCUCUGGGACCUCUUUCCCCUUCUGCACAUUGUUGGCUCAGUCUAAAGGAGGAGACGAUGCCUUGUUCAAUCAGAUGAAAGUUUGCAUAAAAACCAUGAAAGGACAGCGGUAAAAUCUAACCUCUCUCAAGCCAGGUGCUUCUGUCUAAAUGGGUCCAGUCAUGCCUCCCAGUAAGAAGCCAGAGGGCUCAGGAAUUAGUGUUUCCAGCGGACUGAGUCAGUGUUACCAAGAUAGCGAUUUAUCAAAGGCACUUCAUGAGGACGAGGACCUAGAUUUCUCUUUGCCUGCCAUCAGAUUAGAUAAAGGGGCCGUGGAGGAUGAAGAACUAACUAACUUGAACUGGUUACAUGAGAGCAAGAAUUUGCUGAAAAGCUUUGGAGACUCAGUUUUAAGAAGUGUUAGCCCAGUUCAGGACAUUGAUGAUGACACGCCUCCUUCUCCUGCUCAGUCGGACAUGCCCUAUGAUGCCAAGCAGAACCCCAAUUGCAAACCUCCUUAUUCCUUUAGCUGCCUCAUAUUUAUGGCCAUUGAGGACUCGCCAACCAAACGCCUGCCUGUAAAGGAUAUAUACAACUGGAUCCUAGAACACUUUCCCUAUUUUGCUAAUGCUCCUACUGGAUGGAAAAAUUCUGUGAGACAUAAUCUGUCGUUGAAUAAGUGUUUUAAGAAGGUGGACAAAGACAGAAGUCAGAGUAUUGGAAAGGGGUCCUUGUGGUGUAUAGACCCAGAAUAUAGACAAAAUCUCAUUCAGGCUUUGAAAAAGACACCCUAUCAUCCAUAUUCACAUGUGUUCAAUACACCUCCCACAUCUCCUCAGGCAUAUCAAAGCACAUCAGGUCCACCCAUUUGGCCAGGAAGCACCUUUUUCAAGAGAAAUGGAGCCCUUCUACAAGGUAGGGCAUAG